AUAUGGCAAAGUAAUUACUACUUGGCUCAAAUGAAUGUACGGGUGGAGGUAGCAGGUUUUCCGUUGCAUCCUGAGACUCAUUAUUACUCCUCACAGGAAUUGCCUUCUAUGGCCUAAAGUUACAUUGUUAUGGGUGAACAAAGCCCUAAUGCUAAGCACAGGUCUCAUCCUGUUGUUAUGCAUUCUCAGGAAAUGUUACAGAAGAGUUAUGGGAAUAUAUGAAUGCAUUUGAUGUGCCUUUUUAACCAGGAUGGUAUUUUGGCAUACAAUUAUCAUCAAUGAUAAUUGUUUGGGUCAUUCGGUAUGUAUAAAUGUUUCCUAUGGAAUUUUGUUCAGCUCUCUUUUGUUACAUUUGGGACAGUUUUGCCUAGUCCUUAGUGUAAUUUGGUCAACAUUCCAAUAGAUGUCGGUAUGAAGAAAGCCAAACAGGGCUUUAACUAGCUUUAUUGCUUUGGUUAAUCUUUCACCUGUUACUGUGGUUAUGGAUUGCAUUUCAAGAUCAUCACCAAUUUAACUUUCUCUGUAAAGCAGUUUGUGAACCAAAGUGAAAUGAGUGAAAAGUAAUCAGGUAUAACCUCAACAAAAGAUCAAGAUAUCAAACCAUUUUUAAAACUCAUUUGAAAAUGUCCUCUGGAGAAAUGGACGGAAUUUGUGUAUAUCGGGAAAAAACGAACAUUCUAGGCCUUAGCUAGUUCUACUGUAUUUUCCAGCUUAGCUAGUUCCCUUGAUCUCCUUAGGGAGGAUUAGAGAAAUGCUUAGAUACAAGAAUGUGUUGACUAAGCCAUAAGUUGAAAAGAAACAAUGAAAAUCUUGGUGUUGGUGUAAACCAUUACAUAUGAUGUCUCAAUGAAAAGUGUCCCGAAAUGUGCCUAUUGAGGGAACUGUGGAUGAAAUAUCAACUCAGGUGUUGAACAAACACGUGUCUUGGUUGGUUGACAAAAGCACACCCACCAAGGAAUGGGGCUAAAAUCCCCAGAGGGAUCCUUCCGUGCAUAGGACUUUGGCUUCUCUGCACUGCAGAACCUCUGACUGAACUCCCUGCUGUCUACCCAACGUGAGUAUAUGUCCACGGAUGCAUGCUAUCCUCUUCUUACUGUUAACUUUUUUUUUUUAACGAAGUGAACAAUCUGUACUCUUUAUCUUUUUGUUUACUUUGUGCACUUGCAAAAGUGUAAACUAUCAUUUUAAAUAGAUGGAAUAUAUUUUAUGAUUGUGAUGCAUGCUUUUUCAUGUAUGUGUAGUCUACUACUUAGUCUACUUAAUUUUUACCUGGAAAUGUUAUUUCUGCUGACGAAGUCUGAGACGUCUGUUUCAAUGUCUUGCUUUUAUCUCCUCUUUUAACUUCGAGGACACGCUGUACCAAAAUAAUUUCCUGUAAUUGUUUUCCAUUCCUUUUGAGUUGUUUUUGUACCAGAUCAAAGACACUGCAGCAAGCUGGUUUCCUUGUUAAUAAACAAUCUCCUGCUCAGAUGUUUUUAUAGUAGUUAUGCAAUACUUUUACAGUAUAAGUAACCAACGUUACCUUUUGGCUGCUUCUUGGUGAUAUUUGAAGUAAAUUAAGGAAAUGUGACCGUGUCCAAUUAACUUUGUCAUAAAGUAUACUGGGCAGGUCUUUCAGUAUUGGAAGCAUCAUAAAGUGAUUUCCACUAAAUAUUUUUUUUACAUAAAUUUGUAACUUCACAUCCGGAGCCUUGUAAGAAUCUGUAAUGAAUUUGACAUUGUCACCUUUAGCAGAGAGCUUCAACUGAUAAGAAUCUUCUCCCAGAUGACACUACAGGUUUAAGUGGCCAACAUCUGUCAACAGUAAAAUAACGUUUUACAACACACCUUCAGACAAGAAGUUGUCUGGACCUUUUUAGUUACAAAACCCAAUGUUUACAAAAUGUGUUUAUGUAAGGCCGAGAUUCAAACCACAGCAUUUUGUAGAGCAGCGCACGACACAGCUCUCACGACACAGCUCUCACGACACAGCUCUCACUACACAGCUCUCCCUACACAGCUCUGUAACACCUGGGAUUGAAUCCUGUCUUAAAAGACUGGGAAAUCAUUUGGCAUGUAUUUUUUUACAUAACCAGAAGUAGACUAUUCUCAAUGAGUUGAGCCACUUAGCGCCUAAAUAUAUUCAGCUGACUAAUAACUAUCAGGAAAGAGUGUUUGGUAUUUGCUUAGCUGAAAGGGGAUUAAAAUAAGGUGAAAUGUGUGGGGUCUGCAUUGGAUGACUUAACGCAAUUUUAUAACUAUUAUGGUUAAUGUAUGGUAAAGGAACAAUGGUUCCCACCCACCAUAGGCAUCAGGAUGUUUACUGAUGUGCCUGCAUUUUAACUAAUAACAUCAUGGUUCACCUGCAUUUCAGUGGAGAAAGUAAAAACACUUCGAUUCGAGUCAAGUUGACUUUUUAGAUUUUGGUACGAAAUGUCAUACCAGAGCAAUCGUUGAGUAAACACGGGAAAAAGACACUAAGCAGGAAGGAGUAUUCCUUACCAGCUGCACGGGGUGAGUGAGACUGUGUUUCCUUUUCAAAUAGAUGUGGUCGAGACGUGUGUUUGUGUCGGCCGUUGUUGUGGAUUUGACAUUCUACACUUUUACCUCAAGCGCUGCAUCAAUUCAACAUUGGAACACAUGGCUUCUUUUCUUUACGCAAAGUACAUUUCUAAUCCACUUCUGAGCGCACCAGUGUUCAAUACCCAGAUUGACAAUGUCACUUUUCAUCCAUAUAUUGGCCUGCCUGUUUGGCAUGGGCUCCUGGGUGUCUAUCAACGGACUAUGGGUAGAGCUGCCUCUCAUCGUGCCCCAGAUCCCAGAGGGUUGGUACCUGCCAUCCUACCUAUCCGUCCUCAUCCAAAUGGCCAACGUGGGGCCCCUGUUCAUCACCCUCAUGCACCGCUUCCGCCCCGGGGUGCUCAACGAGACUGUGGUUAUCUAUGUGAUCAUCUCCCUGGGCAUGGUGGCCAGCUUUCUCCUGGCCUUCUUCUGGAAAGAGACGCUGCUGGUGGCGGGCGUCCCUCGCAGCGUGGCCCUCCUCCUCCUUACCUUCUUCCUCUCCACUGUGGACUGCACCUCCUCUGUCACCUUCCUGCCCUUUAUGAUGCGUCUGAAGCCCCAGUACCUCACCACCUACUUUGUAGGGGAGGGUGUCAGUGGUCUGCUACCCGCCCUGGUAGCCCUGAUCCAGGGGGUGGGGGUGGUCCACUGUAACAACUGCACUCGGAUGAUAAAUGACACUGGCUCAGUCAGUCUUAGCUACGAACUUCAGGCUCACUACCAGCCAGCCAACUUCUCAGCUGGGGUGUUCUUCUUCUUCCUCAGUGCCAUGAUGUUGGUGUGCCUGGGAGCCUUCAUCCUUCUGAACUACCACCCUGCCGUGGCCCGGGAACGCCCAAAUGCCCGCUACCCCAACGGGGUCCUGGAGAAAGGCGAGGCAGCUCAGAUGAACCCCACAGAGCAGAAGGCCAUGAUCAAACAGUCUGAUAUCAAGCCCAAAAGCUGCUUUGGGACCGGGACGUACAGCUGGAUACAGGUGCUGUACAUGUUCUUCAUCCUGGCCUGGGUCAACGGACUGACUAACGUUGUGCUUCCCUCAGUGCAGUCCUACUCUUGUCUGCCCUAUGGAAACAGUGCCUACCACUUAUCGGCCACCAUGGCUGCGGUGUCCAACCCUCUAGCCUGCUUCAUUGCCAUGUUUUUCCAAACAAGGUCCUUAUUGCUGUUGGGGGCUCUCACUUUGUUUGGCAGUGGGAUUGGAGCCUACAUUAUAGGCAUGGCAGUGCUGAGUCCAUGUCCUCUGCUGGUCAAUGAAACCUCAGGAACCUUCCUCAUUGUGAGCUCCUGGAUCUUCUUCAUCCUCACUUUGUCCUAUGUUAAGGUGAUCAUUGGUGUUAUCCUCCGUGAUGAGGGCCACAGUGCCCUCGUGUGGUGUGGAGCAGUGGUGCAGUUGGGGUCCUUCAUGGGUGCAGUCACCAUGUUUCCCUUGGUCAGUGUGUAUAGUUUAUUUUUAUCCGGAGACCCAUGUAAUACAAAGUGCCCUUAAAUUAUGCUAAACAACGAUGAACCAGGCAUAUUCUGAGAAACAUAUUUGAUUAAUUCUUCCAAAGCAUGUGUACUUCAUUAGUAAAAAUGCAAUUGAACAACUAACUAGUGAGGUGAACAGAAUUCAACCAACUCGUGGGAGUAAAGUAAGGUAAUUUACUAUUUGGACAACACCCUCCAAGUAUCUUGUCAUGUGACGCUGGUGCUAUUGAUAAGCUACUGUCAGAGUCUCUUUUCACUUUACACUAGCAGCUUGUGGAUGGUAAAAUUAGGGACUUUUGUCAGUGCAUGCAAAUAAUACCAGGCAGCGAAUAAGCACCUUUUAGAGAGUAGCGCAUACCAGGUAGAUAGAAAGAACAUUCAGCUCUCCGGAAGAUAAAAGCCUAGUGUUUUUGUAGCAUAAAAAAAACAGCAUUUUUGUUGAAUAAAUGGACUUGUGAUUAGCUAUGUCAACUAUUGUGGUUGCCCUAAUCUAAUGUUGACAGAACAAUGUCUGACAGUUUGGACUUCACAAGAGUUAUGCGGGGUCUUGAAUGGACCACUCUCACUGUGGAGAAUCUUUCAUAGGAAUUCAGUGAUUAUAUAGCAAUUUUAAGGCACUGCGGUCUAAGGCACUGCAUCUCAGUGCAACAGGCAUCACUACAGUCCCUGGUUCGAAUCCAGGCUGUAUCACAUCCGGCCGUGAUUGGGAGUCCCAUAGGGCAGCGCACAAUUAGCCCAGCGUCGUCCGGGUUGGGCCGGGGUAGGCAGUCAUUUGCUCUUAACUGACUUGCCUAGUUAAAGGUUACAUUUUUUAAAAGUUAAACAAAAUAAAUUUGCGCAGGGGUUCCCAAACGUUUUCACUCGGGCCCCCCUUCCCGCAUUGGGGAAUAUCCCACGCCCCCCCCUGUGCCCACAGCUUAUUCUUGCUAUUCUACACAUUUUAGCAAAUUUUCUUGCAAUUCUUUAAAUUUUUCCAUGUUUUGAGUGACUCAAAAAUUACUAUCCAUUGGCUAAAAAAAACAGGAAAAAAUUAAAUAUAAGUUAGCUGACAAAAAAAAAAAAAAAUGUUUGGAGGGGGGCACCCCAACUGCUGAUUUGGCAGACACUCUUAUCCAGAGCGAUUUAGUCAGUGCAUUUAACUUGAGGUAGUUCGGUAAGACCCAUGACAGUCGUUGUAAGAAGAACCUCCCUAAAUAAACCGUCUAUCAGCCAAAUCCGUGCUAGUAAGAAAGACAAGGGUGUUGGUUUCGUUUUUCUGACUAAACAUCAUGCCUGGUUGUAUGAUUCAGAUAAUGAUUUUCAACCUGAUUUAAUUUAGAAAUCACAUGUUUAUUCUUAUACUGUACAAGUCAUUUAAGUAUAUUGACAAAACAAAGUUUUAUUGUCACAUACACCAGAUAGGUGUAGCGUAAUGUGGUGUUUUACAGGGUCAGCAACCAUUGAGCAAAUUAGAGUGAAGUGCCUUGGCCAAGGGCACAUCAACAGAUUUUUCAUAUUGUUAGAGUAUUCGAACCAGCGAUCUUUUGGUUAUUGGCGCAAUGCUCUAACCACUAGACUAUACCGCCCUUUAUUGUAGUAUACUGUAAACCUAUUACAGUUAAUUAAUAUAUUGCAGUAGCUUUAAGUGUUUAGAAUGUAUUUGACAGGUGAUAGCAACAAACUUUACAUAUUCAAGCACAGUCAACUAAAAUGUUAAGGCUACACAGAACCAUAAAAGGUCACAAAGUUCAUUAUUCAAAAAUAAGAAUAUUCUAGCUAUAUUUUAGAUCACAAUCAAAAGUACCCUAAUUACCGCCUUUUCUCUAUUCAACUUGUUUAGAACAGGCAAACAGUUUUGCUUGAGUAACUAGGUCAAAUAUUAUAUGCAGUACAAUGAAUUGUACAGGUUAUAGCAAGAUACUAAACAUAUUCAAGUGUAGUCAACUAAACUGUUACGGCGCCAUAAAAUGUCACAAAGUCCAUUAUUCUAAAUGAAAAACCAUCUCGGUUCUUGACAUUUUCGAGUGAACAUCAAAAGGCUAGAGUAGACUAUUGCCACCUAUACUAUUAAAUGUUUGAUUUUUCACAGGCAUACCGCAUUCCUUGAGUAAACGGGUACCGUAUUGGAUGUGCUAGGCUGGCAGCAGAUAGCAUGAUCACACGCACAAGAACAACUAAACAGUUUAAAAGGUUUUCUGUAUCAUUUGACUUUAAGGCCAGUAAAAUGGUUGUAGGGUGGUAACACAUGUACAACCAUAUUAGUUAUGCGGACAGUUCUAUAGGCACACCUUUUGGUUGGGUGCAUCUCAUCCUUCCCUGGCCCUGAUUUCUUUACAGCAAAUAUAAUACUUAUGUUGCACCACCACAUCACUAUAAUAAGGAAAUUCACAAUCCCACAUACAAUCCAUCCAUUCUAAUCCAUUUCUAAGAAACUCUUUGCCAGAGCAGUUGGCAAUACUAUAACCCACACAGCCACAUUGCACACCUCUGUAAACCAGUACAUUUUCAGCGAUGGGUAGAUUAUGGGGCGUGUCAAUUCAUUGGUCCCCCUAUAAGCUAAUAGCCAAACAUAAAUGCCCCAGUUCUAAAUGAGUUGGGAAAUGAGAGGAAGCCUAUGAAAGACUGACAGUAUUGCAUUGCGAGGAAGAUGGAAAGAUUUAAAUUGAGGAUGUCCAAUGUUCUCUUUGCUGUAAUGGAGAUACACAGAUGUUUUGUGAUUUACUGGAACUCCAACAAGAACGGUGACAAUAU